AUGCCGUCCCUCAAAGCCAUCUCGGCCUCGCUUGUAGGCCUGCUGAGCCUUGGUAGCGCCAGCGUCAUCCCCCCUGUUAAUAGCGAGGGGUACUUGGUUGCGUCGACCUACUUUGCGGGGUUCCACGCCAAUAGGGGAUUUCCUGUCUCGGCUAUGCCCUGGGACAAGUACACUGAUGUGAAGUAUGCUUUUGCUGAGACUUCGCCUGAUGGAUCCCUCAAUGUUUCUGGUUCGCAGCCUGAGAACAUUCCUUGCUUUGUCAAGGAUGCCAAGAAGCACAACGUCAAGCCUCUCAUCUCGAUUGGUGGCUGGACUGGAAGCCGACACUUCUCUACCAACAUCGGCGAUGCCAAGAACCGCACUAUCUUUAUCAAGAACAUUGUCAACUUUGUUGAGAAGUAUGGCUUUGAAGGCUUCGACAUUGACUGGGAGUACCCCAACCGCCAGGGUCUCGGAUGUAACGAUAUCAACGAGAACGACACCGCCAACCUCCUCGAAUUCUUCAAGGAGGUUCGCAAGGACCCCAAGGGCAAGAACUAUUACAUCACUGCCGCUGGAUCUGUCUUCCCCUGGAACGGCAAGGAUGGUACAGCCUCCAAGGAUGUCAGUGGCUUUGCCGAUGUCCUCAACUACAUCAUGCUCAUGAACUACGACUACUAUGGCGCCUGGUCCGCCGUCGCCGGCCCCAACUCUCCUCUCUACCGCAAAUGCGAUCCCCGCAACGACCAGGGCGCCGCCGAGGACUCCGUCACCCAAUGGACCGGCGCCGGCAUGCCCGCCUCGCAGCUCGUCCUCGGCGCUCCCAACUACGGCCACGGCUUCAAGGUCAACAGCACCUCCGCCUUUGGCAAGAGCAAGAACCACAAGCUCCAGCUGUACCCCGCCCAGAACUCUACCGACCGCUUCCAGGGAAGCAGCUGGGACAACGAUCCUCUCAUCGAUGCUUGCGGUAACCCCAACCCUCCUGGAGGCACCUAUCCUUUCUGGAGCUUGAUCAAGGAGGCUCACUUCCUCGAUGCCAAGGGAAACCCUGCCUCUGGUAUUGCUUCUGGUUGGGAUAACUGCAGUAAGACACCUGUUCUUUAUGAUGCCAAGCGUGAGAUCUACGUUAGCUACGACAACGCUGCUUCUUUCUACGACAAGGGCAAGUUUGUUCUCAAGCACAAGCUCGCUGGAUUCGGUACUUACGAGGCCGGUGGCGACUACAACAACAUCCUCAUCGACUCUAUCCGAUCUGCUGUUGGUCUGCACUAA